UGCCCGGAGCCGCCGCCUGCGGGAGCUUCGGGCCUCCGCUCCCAGCCUCGAGAGGGGAGGUCGCCGCGGGUGGCUGUUCCCCUUCGCUCCACUCUCCCGGCGCGGCUCGUCCCUGCUCGGCUGCCCCUCCUGGAGCUGCGGGGAGAGCUCGGUGGGGGAACGCCGGCCUGUUGCUGCCGGGAGGCACUGCAGCGGCGGCGGCGAGCGGCCCCGUGGUCCCCCUCCCGGCGCGGGGGCGGGGGAGCGAUGAGCCGCGCAUUGUUUGCCCUGUAGACAGCGCCCGGCGGGCAGCGGGGCGGCGGGCCAUGGGCUACGCGCCUUUGUCUCCCGAGUGAGCCGGACCCGCGCCCGCAGCCUCCCGCCGCCGCCAGCCCGGCCUCGGCGACAUGGACGUGACCGUCUCCGAGCUCCUGGAGCUCUUUCUGCAGAGCCCUUUGGUGACAUGGGUGAAAACCUUCGGGGCUCUGGGGGACGGGGACAACCUCGGCGUCUACAUGGACCUAGUGGAUGGCGUCGUCCUGAACCAAAUUAUGCUGCAGAUAGAUCCUCGACCAACCAACCAACGUGUCAACAAGCAUGUAAAUAAUGACACCUAUCUUCGGGUUCAAAACCUGACCAUCUUAGUCAGAAACAUUAAGACUUACUAUCAGGAGGUCCUCCAGCAGCUGAUUGUAAUGAAUUUGCCAAAUGUUUUAAUGAUUGGUAAAGAUCCACUUUCUGGUAAAAGUAUGGAUGAAAUUAAGAAGCUGCUGUUGUUGAUUCUGGGGUGUGCUGUGCAGUGUGAAAGAAAGGAAGAGUUUAUUGAAAGAAUAAAACAACUGGAUAUUGAAACCCAAGCUGCCAUUGUGACACAUAUUCAGGAGGUGACUCACAACCAGGAGAAUGUUUUUGACUUGCAGUGGCUGGAGCUCCCAGAUAUGGCCCCAGAAGAGCUAGAGUCUCUCUCCAGGAAUAUGGUUUUCCACCUCAAGAGACUCAUUGAUGAGAGAGAUGAAUGCACAGAAGUCAUUGUAGAUCUCACUCAAGAGAGAGAUUAUCUGCAAUCUCAGCAACCACCAAGUCCUCUGAAAGUACCAAGUUCAGAUUCUUCACCAAACCCAGCCAACCCUCUUUCUAAUGAAGAGAAGCAGCACCUUGCAGUUGAGCUGGCAGACACAAAGGCUAAAUUGAGAAGAAUCAGGCAGGAGCUGGAAGAGAAGUCUGAGCAGCUUGUUGAUUCUAAACAUGAAGUUGAGCAGCUCACCCUAGAACUGCAAAAAAUAAAACAAGAGAAUAUCCACCUGGCCUCAGAUGCUCGCUCUGCCCGAGCCUACAGAGAUGAGCUUGACUCUCUGAGAGAGAGGGCAAACCGUGUGGAAAGACUUGAGAUGGAACUUGUUCGCUGUAAAGAGAAACUUCAUGAUGUGGACUUUUACAAAGCUCGCAUGGAGGAGUUAAGAGAGGACAACAUCAUAUUAAUUGAAACAAAAGCCAUGCUAGAAGAACAGCUAACAAUGGCAAGAGCUCGUGGUGAUAAACUGCAUGAAUUAGAGAAGGAAAAUUUGCAGUUGAAAUCGAAGCUUCAUGAUGUAGAACUGGACCGAGACACGGACAAGAAGAGAAUUGAAGAGCUACUGGAGGAGAACAUGGUCUUGGAAAUUGCACAGAAACAGAGCAUGAACGAAUCAGCACAUCUAGGCUGGGAGCUAGAACAACUGUCUAAAAGUACAGAUCUUGCAGACACCAGAAAGUCCUUUGUGUUUGAGUUGAAUGAAUGUGCUUCCAGUCGAAUACUGAAGCUGGAGAAGGAUAAUCAGAGCUUGCAGAACACAAUCCAAGAGUUGAGAGAUGCCUCCUUGACCUCCAGAGAGACCAGCCUAAAGUUUGUGGAACUGGAAAAGGAAAAUCAACAGCUUAGCAAAAAGAUUGAGAAGCUGCAAAAUCAGAUUGAAAAAGAGAAGCAAAGUAGUCAAGAUCUGGAGACCUUGAGUGAGGAGCUGAUAAAAGAGAAAGAACAGCUACAAGUCAUCAUGGAGACUCUCAAAGCUGACAAAGACAGACAGAUAAAGGAUGUUAAACAAGAAAAUGAUCACCUUAAUCAAGUGGUCUUAUCCCUGAGACAAAGAUCUCAAGUGAGCAGUGAGGCAAGAGUAAAAGAUAUUGAAAAAGAGAACAAGAUCCUUCACGAAGCAGUUACAGAGACCAGUAGCAAACUGAGCAAGCUGGAAUUUGAGAAGAAACAAUUGCAAAAAGAUUUUGACCAGGUUAAAGAAAAAGUGGAAAGAGUGGAAGAAAUGGAAAAAGAGCUCCAUCGGCUAGAGAGGGAAAAUGAACAGCUCACAAAGAAGGCAGCAGCAAUGAAAAUAGUGACAGAAAAAGUGGAAGUUCUUGAGCAGGAGAAUGGGGAUCUGGAAGUGGAAAAUAGGAAGCUAAGAAAAUCCCUGGACACAUUGCAGAAUAUUUCCAUACGGCUUGGGGACUUGGAAAGGGACAACAAGCAAUUGGAUGAAGAAAAUCUGGAGCUUAGGAGAGUGGUGGAGACCAUGAGAUUUACCAGCACAAAAAUGGCACAAAUAGAAGCGGAAAACAAGGAUUUGGAGAGGGAGAAAGAAGACUUAAGAAAGAAUGUGGAAAUGUUAAAAGCAAUGAGCAAGAAAUCAGAGAGACUGGAGCUAAGCUACCAGAGUGUCAACUCUGAGAACCAGAGACUUCAGCAAGUUGUGGAGAACAGCAGCAAAAAGAUCCAGGACUUAGAAAAAGAAGUACAGGGAAUGGAGAGGGAAAAUCAGGUCCUUCAGAGGAACCUUGAGGAGCUAAAGAUUUCUGCCAAAAGGCUAGAGAGAUUAGAAAAAGAGAACAAAGUCCUAGAACAAGAAAUGUCUCAGCUUGAGAAAGACAAAAAAAUGCUAGAGAAAGAAACUAAACGGCUUUGGCAGCAAGUGGAGCUGAAAGAUGCUAUUUUGGAUAGUACAGUAAAGCUGGCAGUUGCUGAGAAAGAAAACAAGACACUAGAAAAGGAAAUUGCUCGAUUCAGAGACUCAGCUAAUAAGCUGAAAGAAUUUGAAAAGGACAAUAAAGAUCUCAUAAAGCAAGUUACAAUUGAUCAAAGAACACUAGCUACAUUGAGAGAGGAUUUGGUCUUGGAGAAGCUGAAGAGUCAACAGUUGUCUAGUGAGCUGGACAAACUUAGCCAGGAACUGGAGAAGAUAGGAUUGAACAAAGAGCUGCUGCUACAGGAUGCCAAUGGCAAUGAUGACACAAAAUACAAGAUUCUGGAGAGCAAAACUGAAUCGGCACUAAAAGCAACACUAGCUAUGAAAGAGGAAAAGAUUGCAAUGCUGGAAGCUCAAGUGAAAGACUCUCUGAACUUGAACCAGCAGUUACAAAAUGAUCUAAAUAUGGUUAAGAAGGACUUUGAUGCACUUAAGCAGUCUCAACAGGAUGGACAACAUGCUCAAAAGUCACUGAGGUAUUCUGCAGAGAAGCUCAUUCCCAACCACCAAAUGAAUGAGAGAUUGGAAACGGGGCACCGAGAAGCUACCAUGGAGCUGCUGAAACUGAAGGACAGGGCAAUUGAAUUGGAAAGGAAUAAUGCAGCCCUGCAUACUGAGAAGCAGCUGCUUAAAGAACAGCUGAAGCAUUUAGAAACACAGAAUGUCUCCUUCAACAAUCAGAUCCUGACACUACAGAAGCAAAACGUCUUCCUUCAGGAGCAUAACACUUCCCUGCAGACACAAACGGCCAAACUCCAGGUAGAAAAUUCAACCCUCAGCUCCCAGAGUGCUUCACUGAUGGCCCAGAAUACUUUGCUCCAAAAUCAGCAGACAGCCAAGGAGAAUGAGAAUGAAAAUCUAGUGAAACAGAAGGAGCAGCUGAAAGCUGAUUAUGAGUCAUUGCUUCAGGACCACGAGCACCUUGCUUCACUGCAUGAACGACAGUCUGCAGAAUAUGAAAUGCUAAUAAACCAGCACAGCUGCCUGAAAACAUUACACAGAAACCUCGAUCUGGAGCACAAAGGUCUUGGUGAGAGAUACAACAGUUUAAUGAAACACAAGGCAGAACUGGAAGAGUUGGAAAUAGUUUUAAAAAGUGAGAGAGAGGUUCUGCAACAAGAGAGGAGAUCAAAUGCAAUAACCACUGGGGAAAAUCAGAAGCUGAGGGAGGAACUGGACAGGGUGAAUUUCUUGCACAACCAACUAAAGACAGAGUAUGAAGGGCUGCAUUCACACACUAAAGAGCUGAAAACUUCCUUGAACAACUCCCAGUUGGAACUGAAUCGUUGGCAGGCUCGCUAUGAUGAGCUGAAAGAGCAGCACCAGUCUAUGGAUAUCUCUCUGACCAAGCUGGAUAACCACUGUGAGCUGCUGUCACGUCUAAAGGGAAAUCUGGAAGAAGAAAACCAUCAUCUCCUAGGUCAGAUUCAGAUGCUGAGCCAACAGAAUCAGAUGUUACUGGAGCAGAACAUGGAAAACAAGGAGCAGUAUCACGAAGAACAGAAACAAUACAUUGAUAAAUUGAAUGCCUUAAGAAGACACAAGGAAAAACUUGAAGAGAAGAUAAUGGAUCAGUACAAGUUUUAUGAUCCUACUCCAAAAAAGAAAAACCACUGGAUUGGAGCCAGAGCCUUAGUCAAACUAAUAAAGCCAAAGAAGGAUACUACAAGGGAGCGGUUGAAACCAGCAGCAGAAAGCCCUCCAUGGCAUCCAGAAACCCCAGAGACAGUAAGCUCUCCAUCUGCCUCCCAAAAACUGAAACAUCAACAAGAGGCUCAGGAUAAUACCUCUCAAGGGUCAAACUCUAUGGAAGAGAGAGAGAACUCUGGGAGUUCUUCAAACAAAGGGCUAAUGGACCUAAAGCAAAAGAGGAAUCCCCAUAAUGGAGGCAGCAAUGAUAACGUUGAAAUCUCAGGAGACUCUGCAGCAAAACACAGCUGUGUGGAACUGGGUCCCAGGACUUACUCGACCUCAGCAAUUCAUCUGCACACCUCCACUCCCAUCUCCAGGCCCCAGAGCAGACCAAAAGGCUAUAAUUCUGAAGAUAAUCUAUGUGAACAGUCCUCCGAGGUAGAGUUUGUAAGCACCAGACAGCAUGUGUCCAGGCCAAACAGUUUAGAGAGCAGCAGAAAUACAUCCAGCAGUAGUUCACCUCUCAAUUUGAAAGGUUCCUUAGAUCAUAUUCAUGGUAGAACUGAGAGUCUCAGCAGUGAAGACAUGGUGCCAAGCAGAGAGGCACCAGCCUUGUUCCGAGACACCUAUCCCUUUCACGCCGCUUCUGCCAUCUUAAGCCCUGGCAGCAGGCAUGAGUCAUCCUCCCACAGGAAUGGUUUGGCCUCCUAUGAUAUACCUCAGAAGAGCACUCCAUCCCAAGCUUACGCGGGCAGACAACGAUCUGCCUCACCUGGCAGUGAGAUGGUAACUUUGGAAGAGUUCCUGGAAGAGAGCAACAGGCUGUCCCCACCAAGUGACACCUCCAGUAACAGAGAUGACUUGCUCAGUGAUUGUUUUAGGAAAGCAAGUGAGCCUUCAGCUGCUGGGAACCUGCUGAUCCAGCCAUUCAGAAAGGAGGCUGCUAAGAUGCCCACUAGCCUUGUUGGUCCAACUGUAAAGAUGACCAUUGCCAAUGAAGAAGGAAGAACAGCUAAGCCUGGAAAUUACAUGAAGCCAAACCUCAGACAAGUUGAACCUGAGUCUCCGGCAAACUCUCAGGGGUCCCUUAAGCUUCCUCACACCCCACAGCACCAGCCUGCCAGUGGAAUACGGCAGAUGGCACAGCCCCAGCAGCCUGGAACCGCAAGCAGGAGGAGCACAUCCCUGAGCAGGGCGUUUAGCUUGGCCUCUGCAGACCUUCUCAGAGCCACCGGCCCGGACACACACAGACAGGAGAGCCCUCAGAGGUCAGCAGCAGACCUACGUGGGGGCAAGGAUGCUGUCAGUCAGACCCUUAGGCCUUCCAUGCCAACAGGCUCCCAGGCAACCGUAAGAGAGAGGCCACAGUCUGCAAAGGUGUCGGGCUCCUUGCCAGGUGUCGAUUCCCGCUGCCGGCAGCUUGAUGCUCGGCGCCUUUCCUUGGCCCCGUCAAAGGAUGAGAGGCCACUCUCCUUCCACCAGUUCUCUGCCUCACCCACUUCAUCCACCAGCAAUCUAAAUGUACAGCAACAGGAGUACAUUAACCCUGGGCAACACUACUCACCUGCAUCACAUACUCUCUCUAAAGUCAAACCCAAGCCAGCCCCUCGUACCGGGGAGGUGGCCACGGUGGCCCCUGCCAGAGCAGUUUCCAGCAGCACUGAGGGAAAUGUUUCCCUAGGACAGGGCCAGGGUAAUGCCCUACUUGCCAGGUGCCAGGGUAAGCUACCAGAAGGCAGUACUGUUGCUGUGGAGGAGCCCGUGAGAGGAAGCAGCUCUAACAGCACUACUGGGUCUCCAGACUCCCAGGGGGAUCAGCAGACGGUUUGGUAUGAGUAUGGGUGUGUCUAACCUGUGGGGAUGUGUUUGGCAUUGCCACCUCUGGGUAGCAUUUGUGUAGACACUGUGCCAGGUCUUAAAAGGCAUCGUCUGUGUGCUGCUCUGCUUGUUCUCUGGGUACUGUUUUCUAGUUGGACAAAGUACAUAACAAGAAGCAAAACCCCAGCCCUUCUUUUCUGACUGCUGUGCCGAAAUCGAAGUGGAAGCCUGACCUAAUCUCACAGCAGGCUUGAUACCCAAUUCUCACAGGUGCUGAGUGUUCCCCACUUCAUGAAAAGUUUAACAGGGUACUCUGUUAUUGCUGCAUUGUGUGUCCCUUCUACUAGGAUAAAAGAAGAGUUUCAUAGGUCAUGUGUAUGUGCUGAGCUCAGCCCCACCGUUGGUAAAUAACCAUACUGAAAAGGUCAUGUAAAAGUCAAAUUUCUACCCCAAAGACAGAACCAGACACUUGUCUUAAGUAGCUUAAAGAGAAAGCUGAAGAGCAAAAGUGUGUGGCUUUAGCCAUGGAUCUGUUAAAAUCAGUUGUUAUUGCCACAGCCACAUUUUAAUGGAGGUAACAUAUAUACUUCUAAGGUCACAUCUUAACCUUCCCCACUGGGCCUGUGUAAACACAGAGAGGCCAGUGUAAUUAUUCCACUGCCUUCACUGUAGCUGCAGCUCAGUGGAUCCUUGACUCUACAAGCCAAGUGGUGCUGCCUUUUGAAACUUGUUUUAUCUUUUUUACAAACACUGGAACUAAUGCAGCCUUUCAGGGUAGAGGCCAUUUUAGUUGGAAAGGUGGCAUCUCAUGUACAAAAGUGUCUUGUAAGUAUGUGUAUAAGAAGCUGAAGUAUUGUAUAGGAAUGCUGUGUAAAUUAUAUCAUUACAUCCGUGUGUGCAUGACAGCCCACAUCCUAAGCAAUAUGUGGGAUUUUGUCUCUUAGAAAUGUUUGUUUAUGUCUCCAAGAACUUUGCCCAGUAUAGAAAGCAAAAUAAUUUUGUAUACAUGUGAAAGAAAUAUACUUUUAAAAAUCUAUUUAUGUGCAAAGACGUUCUUUGCAUGUUUCUGUCCAGAGUGUCACCAGCUGCUUAUGUAUAUAUGAUCAAGUGUGUAUCUUUAAUUCUAUUUCAUGUUUGUAAAGUUGUUUUUCUUGCAAUAGACUAAAUCCUUAAACAAAAAACCAACUUGUUUUGCUCACUGAUUUAAUCUAGUAAAAGCUGGAACUGAUUCAACUGAGGAUGUUUUUGUUAUCUAGUAUGUAGUAAUCCCAUUCUGGAAACUACAGAAUUGUUUAUAA